AGAAGGUACACGCGAGUCAUGGAGAAUCCCCAUCCUCAGCAGGCCUCCGCCAACUCUCCUGAAGAGACUUUGGAAUGGACAGGGAGCGACAAAUUCGAAGAAACGUUCCGAACGGCUGCCGAUGCAGGAAGUGUAUACCUGAAAAGCUGAACAUCCCAGAUCAGCUGCCUGGUGGCUUUGGUUCUGUUACUGCCAAGCCUGUGAAGGGGACCAAAGAGUGGCACCAAAGCAUAUCCAACGAGCUCAGAAACCACCUUGUACAUAAGAUUGUGCAAGCCAUCUUCCCAACGCCAGACCCACAGGCAAUGCUGGACAAGAGAAUGCAGAACCUGGUUGCCUAUGCCAGGAAGGUGGAAGGGGACAUGUUUGAGAUGGCAAACUCUAGAGUUGAGUACUACCACCUCCUUGGUGAGAAAAUCUACAAGAUUCAGAAGGAGAUGGAAGAGAAGCGUCUCCAGAGGAAACAGACCACUCCAGGGAUGACAGGACCCCAGGGCCCUCAGGGUCCUCCUGGACCUCCAGACCUCCUGGGCCCCAGGGCCACCAGGACCCCCUGCCCACCUGGCCCUCCAGGGCACCAGGGCCACCGGGCUCCCUUGUGGCUCCGAGUCCGAUCCUUACUCCAACCACAUCAGGAGCCAGCAGCAUCGCAGGAAUGGCAGGUCGCCCGACAGGGCCGCGGCCGGUGCACCCCCAGGGUAGCCUGCUCUCCACCAACCCUCUGGCAACUAACCAAGUGUCUCAGCCCACCUCCAUCUGCCAGCCAAGCAGCCAUACGCAGAUGGGCAUGGGCCCCUUCCCCAUCACCACCACCGCUGAUUCACUGCAUACACACUUUGUACUGAAUUUGGAAUAGGGACUAUUUACAAAUUGAUUAAUUAAUCAAAGUUGAAUAUUAUAUAUGUGUGUGUGUGUGUAAUAUAAAAGCAAUCAUUCUCACACACACACUCUGUAUCAUACUGCAUAACAUCACGCAUCAUGCAAGCUCACCGACCUCGGGAUUCGUGGUUCCACAUGAGCAACAUGCCCCACUGGUGCCCCGCUUGUGCCCCGCUGGUGCCCCGCAGGUGCCCCGCUUGUGCCCCGCAAGCCACGCUCCAUGGCUCUCGCACCACCAUGGUCGGAUACAAGGCGACCCCGCUUGACCUUUCCCUCUCUUCAUGCGGUCAGAGAGAGAGGAACGUCGGCCCGCGCCCCCAGGGCCAUCCGCUGACCAUCUCGCUUCGCAUUUAUUUCUGCUUGUGUGUAAACUCUUAGCAAUAAAGAGUUAAGCCAUAAAA